UGCGCUGGCGCAGAAGGAGGACUUGGCAGAGAGCCGAGGCGGGCGCCCUAUCGCUCUCCAGCAGCUUGGGUCUUAAGGCAGCUGGAUGAUCGUUUUUCGCUCUUGAGACCGGACAGUGUGGUUUUGGAUCUGGGCUGCUUCCCGGGCGGAUGGUCUGAGGUGGCCAUUGAAAGGAGCGAAGCUUCCAGCAGCAGCAGCCGCGUGAUCGGCGUGGAUGCCACUCGCAUGGAUGGUUUGGAGUAUCACACCUUCCUCCAAGGCGACGUGGCCCACGAGGAGACCUUGCGGCAGAUUCUGAAGACGCUGGGCGAUCGCCGAGCGGACCUGGUCUUGUCGGACCUGGCGCCCGCGUUGGUGGGCCUCAAGAGCGAGGAUCAUUUGAACUCGAUGCAGUGUUGCCUCCAGGCGGCGAGGAUCAUGGAGAGGACCUUAAAACUGGGAGGCCUCUUCGUGCUGAAAUUCCAGUCUGGUCCGGAGAUGACUCACUUGCGCGCGUAUUUGGACUCGCGCUUCGACACCGUACGCUCCAUCCGACCGGGAGCGAUCCGGUGCCGUGGGCAGAAGCGCCUGGGGCGGUUUUACGGUGUCACCAUGGCUGUUCGAAGACCGGAUGGCCAUGAGUCGUCCGGAUGGCCUGGGUUACAGGUGGCUGAGUCGUGCACUUUCAGUGUUUCACCCAAAUCAAGGCCACUUUGAAGACAGGUGGUGAAGUAAUCAAGUCCACUCUUGAGGUGGUGAAGUUACAGGUGGUGAGUGUCAUCAACGAUGAAGACUUGGUCCUUGGGAGGUCGGACAUAGUAGGACGACGCAAAAAAACGCCAAUGUCCUAAACGAGGUGAACCAUAUGCCUGUGGGUCAUGGCACCCCUUAAUCCCUGGUAGGUUGACCUCCCGA